AUGCAAGCACAAAUACAAGAGAAAUUAGCUAAGAUCCAGCAAGAUAUGAAGGAUCAAAUGCUGGAAUCUCAGAGGAGUAUGAUGAGCGAAUUGACUCAGCUAUUAGUUGGAAGGCCAAAAAAGGGGAAGAGUCUCAUGGUCAAUGCUGAGGAUAAUAGCGGGAUUCUUACUUACCCUCCAAGUUUCACCCCAACAAAUACCCCAGUGCCUCCGCAAAAGGUGUCUGUCAGUAUCAAACCCCAAUAUCAGACUGGUACUCUGGCACCGAUAAAUGUCCCAACGGGCUCGUGUUCUAACCCCGAAGACCAUCGGGAAAAUCCUACAGUCCCUGACUUCGAUGAGGUCACGGAAGUAGGAAAGGUACGUGCAAAAUUUUCAAAGCGACUAGAAGACCGUUAUAAAUGGUUGGAGGAAAAAUUCAGGGCGUUGGAAAGCGCUAAUUACCAUUGCGGAAUGGAUGCCAAGGAUUUGAGCCUAGUCCCAGAUCUGGUACUCCCUCCGAAGUUCAAAAUGCCAGAAUUUGAAAAAUACAACGGAACUAGUUGCCCAGAGGCUCAUAUCACGAUGUUUUUUUGGAGAAUGAUUGGUCAUGUCAAUAAUGAUCAGUUAUUGAUCCACUGUUUCCAGGACAGUUUGACUGGGGCUGCAGCCAAAUGGUACAAUCAGUUGAAUCGUAGCCAAGUUAAAUGGUGGAAAGACUUAGCACAGGCCUUUAUGAAACAAUAUGGCCAUGUGACUGAUAUAGCGCCUGAUAGGAUCACAUUACAGAACAUGGAGAAGAAGUCAAAUGAAAGUUUCAGGCAAUAUGCUCAGAUAUGGAGGGAGAUUGCUACACAAGUCCAACCCCUACUGUUGGAAAAGGAAACAACCAUGCUUUUCAUUAAUACAUUGAGGGCACCUUUUAUUAAUCACAUGUUGGGAAGCACAACUAAGAGCUUUGCAAAUAUAGUUAUGUUUGGUGAAAUGAUUGAGAAUGCAAUAAGGUGCGGAAGGAUAGAGGCAGAGAAACACACCAGGAGGUCGGCCCCGAAAAGGAAAGAAAAUGAGGUCAACAAUGUGAACAUGGGUUAUGCGAAACUAAUCAUGGUAAAUCAACCGAAAGUGGUAACCAUGGGCCAGCAAGCUUCGCCAAGGCAGGAGCCCAAUACAAAGCAGAACAUUGAGAAGCCCCAGUUUACUCCCAUUCCAGUAACGUAUCAAGAGCUGUAUAAAAGUUUGUUUGAUGCACACAUCGUAUCUCCUUUCUACUUAAAACCACUGCAACCCACAUACCCCCAAGCGGUAUGA